GGACCACUGAGGUAUUCAGAGGUUCCUCUGGGGUCUAGCUGAGGUCCCCCAGGCUCAGCAGCUGGUGCUCUCCGUGCCUCAACCUGGAGCUGGGUGCUGCUUGUACCGAUUCCAGCCCUGCCGUGCUGGAAAACACCGGCUGGUGACUCAGUGCCUUCGUUGGCGAGGUGUGGGCAGGCAGUGAUGGGAGGUGAAGUAACUGCAGCCCUGGAUACAGCCACUGCAGCACAGCGUGGUUUUCCAUGGCCAGAACCAACGGCAAACCCUGCUGUGCAGGACUGGGGGGCAUGGGGGGAUGCUGGCCCUGUGCUUGUACCCCCUGUCCAUACCUGGGUUUCUCCAUUCUGGAGCUCGCUGAGGCAGUGGGUGACUUCCUCAUGUCUGGUUCCAUGGGGAAUUUGGGGUGCUGGGGGAGGGCUGGGGUGGGUGGCCCCACAGGCACGUGCUGUGUGGGAGGUGUUAAGCCCUGCAGCUGCUGACUGGAGCCAGUGUGGCACCUUCGGGUGCCUCCGGCUGCAUCUCUGUCCCUUGGCUGUGCUGCAGCUGUGCCUGCCACUCCCUGGGAGCCCUGGCUGGGCUGUUGACAGUGACUUCUAGGCUCCCUUGUGUGGGAGGACAUAGCUGGGGUCUCCUCUCCUGAGCUGAGUCCUUCUGGCAGAUGAUGGCAUCCCUGCGGGGCUCUACCUCCAGUGCCUGUAGCUACCGCAGGUGCCAGCCCAAGAGGUUGUCCUGUCCAGGUCAACAUCCCUCCCCUGUCCCCAAAGGUGCCACUGACUGUUCUCCAUGCUUGCAGGAUCCCGGGAUGAAUGGCUCGGUGCUGGGACCGCUGCUGGUGGAACACCCCGGCCAGUGCGUGCCCAACAACCCGGUGCAGUUCGUGCUGGUGCCCGUUGUCUAUUGCCUGGUGCUGUGUGUGGGGCUGCCGGGCAACCUGGUGGCAUUGCUGGUCUUCCUGCAGAGUGGCAAGGUGAGGAAGGCCAUCCGCAUCUACCUCAUCAACCUCACGCUGGCUGACAUCCUCUUCAACCUCACCCUGCCCCUCUGGAUCCACUACUACCUGGCUGGGGGGGACUGGCUACUCUCAGAGGCCACCUGUCGCCUGGCUGGGGCUGCCUACUACCUGGCCACCUACAGCGCCAUCACCUUCAUGGCGCUCAUCAGCUUCAACCGGUUCUGCGCGGUGCGGGCGGCGCGGCGGGCGCUGCCGCUGACCGGGCCCCGCGGUGCCACCCUGGCCUGUGCCCUGGCCUGGCUGCUGGGGCUGGGCUGUGCCGUGCCCACCCUGGCCACCCACCAGACCUUCCCCACGCACGCCGGGACCACGGCCUGCUUUGAGCAGCACGGGCGGCAGCGGGGCUAUGCCUACGCCAUGGUGGGUUUCUUCUCUGCCGCCUUCCUGGUGGUGCUGGGCACCUACACCUCCAUCGCCCGGACGCUGUCGCUGCCCGCCACGGCCUCGCCAGGCUCCCACCGGCAGCAGGCCCGUGCCAUGGUGCUGGGGAUGCUGCUGGUCUUUGUGGUCUGUGUGGCGCCCUACCACCUGACGCUGGCCCCCUGGGUGGGGAGCCGGCCCCCUGCACCACUCUGUGAGCCCCCUGACACCCUGGAUGUGCUGCACACACUGAGUGUGGCCCUGCUCAGCCUCAACAGCUGCCUGGACCCCCUCAUCUACUGCUUCUCCAUCCGGCGCUUCCGCGCUGACCUGGCCCGGACCCUGCGCAAGCUCGGCCAGUGCUUCCCGCUGCCCCCGCCGGCCCCGCCCGGGCCGGUACCCGGAGCCCGAGCAUCCUCCUUCACCUCCUCCUAGCGGGGCGGGCACCAGGGUCCUGCCCCCGCCUGUGCCCGUGGGAUGCGGUCCCUGUUGCCAGGUGAGGGAUCGGGAGCAGUGUGGGGGGAGCCCUGGCUUCGUGCACCCCCCUCCUCCCACCCCGCUCUGCUCUCUGUGCGUUCCCUCGCGCCCACAGCUCC